CCACAGAUGAGCAUGAUGCUGUCCAGAAGAAAACAUUCACUAAAUGGAUGAAUGCACAGUUCUCUAAGACGGGGAAGACCCCCAUCAAAGAUUUAUUUUCUGACCUGAGGGAUGGAAAGAAGCUACUGGACCUGUUGGAGGGUCUCACUGAAACAGUCCUGACCAAAGAGCGAGGUUCCACCAGGGUGCACUCCCUCAACAAUGUCAACAAAGUCCUGCAGGUCCUGCAUCAAAAUAAUGUUGAUCUGGUAAACAUUGGAGGGACCGACAUUGUUGAUGGAAACCACAAACUGACAUUAGGUCUCAUCUGGAGCAUUAUUCUUCACUGGCAGGUGAAAGACAUCAUGAAGGACAUCAUGUCCAACCUGCAGCAGACUAACAGCGAGAAGAUCCUGCUGAGUUGGGUACGGCAAUGCACACGCUCGUACCCGGAAGUCAACGUGCUGAAUUUCACCACCAGCUGGUCUGACGGACUGGCCCUGAACGCAAUCCUCCACCAUUUCAGGCCAGGUGCGUUUAGCUGGGAUCAGGUGGUCAAAAUGAGCCCUGUGGAGAGACUCGACCAUGCUUUCACCUUUGCCAAAAACCAGCUAGCUAUAGAGAGACUCCUGGACCCUGAAGAUGUGGCGGUGCAGUUACCAGAUAAGAAGUCCAUAAUCAUGUACGUUACUUCGCUGUUCGCCGUGCUACCCAAGGAUGUGAGCAUGGAGGCUAUCAGAGAGGUAGAGACACUGCCUCGCAAAUACAAAGUAGGAGCUGAAGGGUCGAGUCCAGGAGUCAGUAUGCAGACUGUGCAGACAGAGGAGGCCGGCAGCAGCCCACGUCCUGAGACCCCCAGCACCCUUACAGAGACGGAGGGCGAGAUGGACGACAGCCUGCUGGAAGUCGACCUCGAUGGCUACCAGACGACUCUGGAGGAGGUUUUGACUUGGCUGCUGUCUGCUGAGGAUGCCCUGCAUGUCCAGGAUGAGGUGUCGGACGACGUGGAAGAAGUUAAAGAGCAGUUCCACACACAUGAGGGAUUUAUGAUGGAGUUGACGGCUCAUCAGAGCAACGUGGGUAAUGUGCUGCAGGCGGGAAACCAACUCAUUGUUCAGGGCAACCUAACAGUGGAAGAAGAAGAGGAAAUUCGAGAGCAGAUGACCCUCCUCAACUCUCGCUGGGAGAGUCUCAGAGUGGCCAGCAUGGACCGCCAGGCCAGGCUGCACGAGGUUCUGAUGGAGCUUCAGCAGCAGCAGCUACAGCAGCUCUCUGAUUGGCUGACGCUGACGGAGGAGCGAAUCAAAAGCAUGGAGACGGAACCAGCAGCCGAUGACUUUGAUCUCUACAAGGACAAGAUAGAAAGACAUAAAGAACUUCAGAACGACUUGGAGGCAGAGCAGGUGAAGGUCAACUCUCUAACGCACAUGGUUGUCGUGGUGGAUGAGAACAGCAGUGAGAGUGCCACUGCUGCCCUGGAGGAGCAAUUGCAGUCUUUGGGUGAACGCUGGGCAGCUGUGUGCCGCUGGACGGAAGAAAGGUGGCAGAAGCUGCAAGAAGUUUUCCUAGUGUGGCAGCAGCUUUUAUCCGAUCAGAGCUUGAUAAGAGAUUGGUUGGCAGAAAAAGAAGAAGCUUUAAAUCAAGUACAAACCUGCAACUUCAGAGACCCCAGUGAAAUGAAUGCUAAUGUGCGCCAGCUGACAAUUUUAAAAGAAGAUAUGGAGAAAAAGAGAAGGACUCUGGAUAAGCUGUCUGAUGCAGGUCAGGAUGUUAUGCAGCUGCUCCAAAGCGCUGAAGCAGCUGCUAAGAUUGAGGCCGACACAGAGGAGCUGACGCACCGAUGGGACGGCCUGGUUCAAAAACUAGAGGACUGCUCCUUCCAGGUAAUGGAGGCUGUGACAGAUGCUGGAAUGACUCAGGUGGAGGAAGAGUUGAUGGUGGAUACUGCUGCAGCUGCUUCUUCUGCUAUCGACCAGGAGUUAGCCCAACCUGCUCCUGCUAAAAAAAGAUUGGUGGAGACCGAUGCAGAAAUCAGACGACUGUUUGAAAAUAAGCUCUCGGACUUGAUGGGCUGGAUUCAAACGUGGAAGACGUCGGCUCAGUCGCUGUGCUCCACACAUCCUGAAACUACAGCUGAUGCAACAGACAUGCAGGAGGAACUAAAAGAGCUGGAGAUUCAACUAAAAGGGAAGGAAAGCGCAGUGAGUGAAAUGACAAAAGAAGGACGCACCCUGAUGGACCAACUUGAGAGGGAGGGAGCAGAUGUUGAUGCAGUGAGGGAAAACAUAGACCUGAUUCAGACCGAGUGGGAUGUCUGUGGCAGGGAGCUUCAGGCCGCUUCUGACAGGGUUCACACUCGGACCCGGAUCAGACAGGUUUCUGCAGAGCUCGCUGACCUCGACCAGAUCUUGGAGAAACACGACCAGUGGUUGGCUGAAACUUCACCUGUAGACAGCUGCAGGGAGGUUGAGCUGAGAAAUCUGAGAGGAGAAUGUAAGGCCCGUCUUGCUCAGGUCUCUGCCUUCGGUCCACAACUGGAGCAGCUGUCCUCCGAGGCAGGAACACUUGGAGCGGUGCCCUCUCUGAAAGACAACCUGGUUGUGGUUUCUGCACAUCAGUCCUCCACGCUACAGCAGCUGCAGAACAAAGAAGAAGAAAUGAAUCAAGCCUUGGCCGGUGUUGAAGCCACCCAGGUGGCUCAGGAUGCCGUGCAGGGUCUGGAGGCCAGGUUGGCUGCUUUAAAAGACGGGAUCGUAGACAUGCAUACAGCAGAAGGGGCAGUGGAGCGAGCCCAGGGCCUGUGUUUGGAAAUUGAACAAACACAACAAGCAACCGAUCCGGCUGAACUACAGAAAUGGAGCCAGCUCUCAUCAAGGGCUCGUGAGGAGCAUGGCAUGCUGCAGUGCAUUCUGGGAAGCAUGAAGGACAACCAGGUACGUUUAGAGCAAGUGGAGCGUUGGCUGGAUGCCGUGCAGGAGCUGUUGUCUAAGGACGCCUCCGGCCUGGGUGAUGCAGAGAAUCUGCAGGCAGAACUUAAUCAGUGCAAGGAGUAUGUGAGUGAGAUGGAGCAGAUGAAACGUUCACUAAUGCAGAUGGAAGAAAAUGUAAAGUCUGUGCAGGCAUCGGCAGUCCCAGGACUGGCCCUGUGGGGGCAGGAUAAGUUGGACCAGUGUGAAGGAAGAUGGACCAAACUUAGUCAAGAGCUCUUGAGACAUCAAGAAAAUGUGACUGAGAACCAAGAGAAGCAGAUGAAUCUGAAGAAAGACCUGGCAGAGAUGCAGGAAUGGAUGACCCAGGUCGACGAAGAGUUUCUAAUGAGAGACUUUGAGUAUAAAAGUCCUGAGGACCUGGAGACAUCGCUGGAGGAGAUGAAGAGGGCUAAAGAGGACGUGCUACAGAAAGAAGUGAAAGUGAAGAUCCUGAAGGACAACAUCAACAUGUUGGUGUCCCAGACUGCUGGAGGUUCUGGACAGGAGCUCACCUCGGAGUUGGAUGGAGUUCUUGCCAACUACCAAAAGCUGUGUGACCGCCUCAAGAGCAAGUGUCACACACUGGAGGAGGUUUGGUCGUGUUGGAUGGAGCUUCUUCAGUACCUGGAGAUGGAGCAGAGCUGGCUCAACACUGUAGAGGAGAAACUGCAAGCUUCUGAGAACGUACUAGAGAGUACAGAGAUCGUUAACGAGGCUCUGGAGUCUUUGGAGGGCGUCCUUCGCCACCCCGGAGACAACCGGACGCAGAUCAGAGAGCUGGGUCAGACGUUGAUAGACGGAGGCAUACUUGAUGAACUCAUCAGUGAAAAACUCGAGGCCUUCAAUUCCCGCUACGAGCAGCUCAGCCAUCAGGCGGUAAACCGGCAGAUCGGCCUCGAGCAGCAGCUGCAGACACUAAAGGAGAACGAGGAGGCGCUCCAAGCGCUGCAGGAGUCCCUGAACCAGCUGGACCACACACUAACCUCUUACCUCACUGAUCGCAUAGACGCGUUCCAGCUCCCCCUGGAGGCACAGACCAUCGGUGCAGAGAUCGCUGCUCAUGAGGUCACAGUAGAGGAGAUGAAAAGAAGGAAUGUGACCAACUUGCCUCCUCCCACCGCUAAAGGCAAAGUGGCCCGUGGUGGGACCAUGCUGGAACAGCUACAGAGGAAGCUGAGGGAGAUCUCCACAAAGUAUCAGCUGUUCCAGAAGCCUGCCAACUUUGAGCAGCGCAUGCUGGACUGUAAACGGGUUCUGGAUGGUGCUAAGGCUGAGCUACAUGUUUUGGAGGUUAAAGAUGUGGAACCUGAGAUAAUCCAGUCCCACCUCAGUGGCUGCAUGAAAAUGUAUAAGUUGCUGAGUGAGGCGAAGCUGGAGGUGGAGACGGUGAUAAAAACAGGUCGCCAGAUUGUGCAAAAACAGCAGACUGAGAAUCCCAAAGCAAUGGAUGAACAGCUUACAGCUCUGAAACUUCUCUAUAAUGAACUGGGGGCUCAGGUAACUGAGGGCAAACAGGACCUGGAGAAAGCUCUGUCUCUGUCUCAGAGGUUCCAUAAAGAGACUGCUGCCCUGCAGGAAUGGCUGAGCACUAAUGAAGCCCAGCUCCAGCAGAAGAACAGCUGUGGAGACAUGCCAGCUGACAUCGAGGCUGAGAUUAGAUGGGCUAAUGGUCUGCUGAAGGAAUCAGAACGUCGAAAGGUGGAGCUUUCCAACCUGACGGAGGUCAGUGCGGGUCUGCAGACGCUGGUGGAGGGCAGCGAGGCUCAGCUGGAGGGCAAACUCUGCAGCCUUAACGAAUCCUGGGGGAAAGUUCACACCUGGACUGAAGAUUGGCUCAGCGCUGUUCUGAGUCACCAGAGUGAGGUGGAGAUAUUUGAUGAGAACUUGGCUCACAUCAGUACCUGGCUCUACCAGACCCAGAUCCACCUGGAUGAAGCCGAGCGGCUGCCUCCUGCUGAGAGGGAAAAAGAGUUCACGAGGAUGAUGGAGGAGUUGGAUAUGAUUGGUCGGCGCGUGGACAACGUCAGGGACCAAGCAAUCAUCCUGAUGACCAGCAGGGGCCCCGCCUGUCGAGAUGUAGUUGAGCCCAAGUUGGCAGAGCUGAACUGCAACUUUGACAAAGUUUCCCAGCACAUAAAGUCUGCGCAGGUCACUAACAGUCUGGAGAGCCAGGCUGAAAUUAAGCCUGAGCCUGCUGAGAUAAAGGACCUUCAGGUAGAGCUGGAGAACACGCUGAAGACUCUCCAUCAGCAGCAGCUCCCAGUAAACAUCCUCGAUGAUGACGAGAUGGAUGAGGAGAAGGCCAACGUUGAGGGUUUGCUGCAAAGAGGAGAAGAGCUGCUGCAGCAAACUUCAGACGAAACUCAGAGGGAGGAGCUGAGAGUCAUGCUGCUCAGGUUGCAGAGCCAAUAUUCUUCCUACAGGGGCAGAGUUAGGGAAGUCACAAUGUCUCAGAGCUCAUCAUCAGAGUCUGAGUUUGUUGAGCAGGGCCCGGGUGCAACAGGGCGCAGCAGCACACAGAUUCUCUCUCCUUCUGAUUACCUGUUGGAGAUCAACAAAGUUCUUCUCACUAUGGCCGACAAUGAGCUGCUCCUUAACUCCUCCGAGCUUAGCGGGGGGCUUUAUGAAGACUUUUCAAGCCAGGAGGACACUCUGAAGACAAUUAAAGAUAACCUGGAGCAUCUAAGCGAGCAGGUCACAGGAAUCCAUGAACGGCAGCCUGAAGCCAUGCGAGACGCAUCCCCUGAUGAAGUAAUUCAAAUAGGAGACAACCUUACACAGCUGAAUGCGGAGUGGGACCGACUCAAUCGCAUGUACAAUCAGCGCAAAGGGAGUUUUGACCGUGCCAUAGAGGAGUGGGGGCGGUUUCACUGUGACUUAAAGGAUCUGACACAAUGGUUGACUGAAGCUGAGACCCUGCUGUUAGAAAGCGUCGGCCCUGACGGACAGCUCGACCUCGGUUCUGCACGGCAACACCAGGAGGAGCUGGAAGAAGGACUUUCCAGUCAUCAGCCCAUCCUGGCUGGUUUGACUCGCACCGGGGAGAAGAUAAUUGGGCAGCUCUCAUCUCCUGAUGGGCCCCUACUUGAAGAGAAGUUAGAAACUCUGGUGCAACGUUGGAGAGCUGUCACCCGGCAGGUCUUAGACAGACAGCGCAGGCUGACUGGGGGGGAUCCAGCCCUGUCAGACCUGGUGAGGAGAUGUGACAAUCUCGCUGUGUGGCUGGAUCAGGCAGAAAACGCUGUUGGCUCCCUGCCAGUGUCAGCCACUGAUGAAAACCUGAAGGAGCUGAAGGCCCUUGCUGUGGAAAUGGAUGCUCAGAAUGAGCGCCUUGGUUGGCUGAACAAACACGCUCCCCAGAUCUUGGCCAGUCCUGGUGUGAGCAUUCAAAGCAGAGACCAUCAUGUUGGAAAACUAAGAGCCAUCAAUCUCAAGUGGAGCAAGGUGACCCAUGAAUUGCUAGAUAAGGUGGGGGAGGUGGAGACAAACCUGCAGAGUCACACCCUCUUCCAGGACAGGAUGACCAAGCUGACCGACUGGGUCGACAUCACAAACCAGACAAUUGUUACCAGAGGACUGAAUCCUGUCCAAGCCCAGAAUUUGGAGGCAUCUAUGAAAGACAGGAAGAAGGACCUGGAGGACUUGUUGGCUCAUUCUAUUGAGCUGCAGAAACAUCAACAGCUCUCGCCUCAGGAAAAGGGUAACGUAGAGCAGCUGGCUGCUGAUUGGAAAGCCCUGGAUGGCCACUUGAGGGAAUCUCUUCAGGUUCCCGUCUCGCCGUGGACACCGCAGCAACAUGUCGUCCUACAUCAGCAACUUGUGUCAUCGGCCCCUUCGCCUGUUCCGAUGCCCGCCUUGCAAAGCGAGGAUUCCCACCAUUGGGCCCCAUAUUCUCCAGACACUGUGGCCCCUACUGAUUUGAACAAAACUGCCACCGAGCUGGCUGACUGGCUAACGCUCAUCACUCAGAUGCUCAAGUCGAAUAUUGUGACUGUGGGGGACACAAAGGAGAUCAGGACGACCAUAGGACGCCUUCAGGUGACAAAAAGUGACUUAGAACAACGUCACUCCCAGCUGGAGGACAUCUUCACCUUGGCACAGAACAUCAAAAACAAAACCUCUAACGUCGAUGUCCGCACGUCCAUUUCUGAGAAAUUGGAGAAAGUGCGCAGCCAGUGGGACAGCACUCAGCACGGCGUCGAAACCCGACUCCAUCAGCUAGAAAACAUGACUGUCCACAGCAAUCAUUGGGAGGAAAACAGGAAAGAGGUGAAAGGUCUUAUUUCUCAAAAUGAAGGACGCUUCCACAGCCUUCUCCAGCGGGCCACAGAUCCCUUGACAAAGCAGCUUGAGGACUCCAAGGAGUUUUUCCAAGCUCUGGGCCGAGACCAAGCAACAGUCGCAGCCUUCAAUGAGCUUUCCACUCACCUUUUACGAGAGUAUUCUUCUGAUGACACCAGGAGAAUCAAAGAGGUUACAGAGAAACAGAAUGCAGCCUGGAACAGUAUCACUCAGAGAGCAAGCGACCGUCGUGCUCAGUUGGACAGUGAGUUGAAGGAGGUCCAGGUGUCUCUAAAGGAGUUGGAGUCUUUCCUUAGGUGGCUCCAGGAGGCAGAGACUACAGUCACUGUCCUGGGCGACGCCUCACAGAGGGAAGACGUGUCCCAGGAUUCUGCUCAUGUAAAGGAGCUGAGGCGACAGCUGGAGGACAUCCAGGCAGAGAUUGACGCCCACAAUGACAUCUACAAGAGUGUCGACGGGAACAAAUCCAAGAUGGUUAAAGCUCUGGGCAACUCGGAUGAAGCCGUGUUCCUCCAACAUAGACUGGAUGACAUGAACCAACGCUGGAGUGACCUCAAGGCCAAAUCUGCCAACAUCCGGGCCCAUCUGGAGGCGAGUGCUGAGCGCUGGUCACGUCUUCUGGGACUCCUUGAAGAGCUGUGGCGAUGGAUCUGCAUGAAGGACGAGGAGCUGGCCAAGCAGAUGCCCGUUGGAGGAGAUGUGCCCACCUUGCUGCAGCAGCAGAACCACUGCACGGCUCUUUGCUCCGAGUUGAAGGAGCGUGAACAGUUGGUGAUCAGCACGUUGGACCAAGCCAGGAUGUUUCUUGCUGACCAACCCAUUGAAGGACCAGGAGAACCACGGAAAAACCUGCAGCCAAAGACUGCCGACCUCACCCCAGAGGAGAAGGCCCGAGGUCUGGCCCGGGCCAUCCGCAAGCAGACCGGUGAGGUGAGGGAGCGGUGGGAGCGUCUGAAGGGGCAUGUGGGAGGUUGGCAGACUCAGGUGGAGCAAACCUUGGAGCGCCUGCAGGACCUGCAGAGCUCCAUGGACCAGCUGGACCUGCAGCUGACCAGAGCAGAGGAGACCAAAGCUACCUGGCAGCCGGUGGGCGAUUUGCUUAUCGACUCUCUUCAGGACCACAUUGAUAAGACAUCAGCCUUCAGGGAGGAGAUCGCCCCCCUCCGUCAGGAUGUCCGGGUGGUCAACGAGCUUGCUGCUGAGCUUACACCGCUGGACAUUCAGCUGUCGUCUACUGCCUCCAGACAACUGGACCAACUCAACAUGAGAUGGAAGAUUCUGCAGGUAGCAGUGGAGGACAGACUGAAACUCCUUCAGGAAGCUCACAGAGACUUUGGCCCCUCCUCUCAGCAUUUCCUCUCCACAUCUGUACAGCUCCCCUGGCAACGUGCAGUGUCUCAGAACAAGGUUCCCUAUUACAUCAAUCACCAGACACAGACGACCUGCUGGGAUCAUCCAAAGAUGACGGAGCUCUAUCAGUCUCUCGCGGACUUAAAUAAUGUGAGAUUCUCGGCAUACCGGACAGCCAUGAAGAUUCGCAGACUACAAAAGGCCCUGUGCUUGGACUUGCUGGAUCUCAGUGUCGCCCAGAACACCUUUGAGCAACACAAACUCACCAACAACAGCCACCUGCUCUCCGUCCCGGAAGUCAUCAACUGCCUGACAUCCAUCUAUGAUGGCCUGGAGCAAGAGCACAAAGACCUGGUCAACGUGCCUCUCUGUGUUGAUAUGUGUCUCAACUGGCUGCUCAAUGUUUACGACACUGGUCGCAGUGGGAAGAUUCGCGUCCUCUCCAUGAAGAUUGGCUUGCUGUCUCUCUCCAAGGGGCACUUAGAGGAGAAGUAUAAAUAUCUCUUCAGCCAGGUGGCGUCAGCUGGUGACACGUGCGACCAGAGGCAGCUCGGUCUGCUGCUCCAUGAAGCCAUCCAGAUCCCCAGGCAACUGGGGGAGGUGGCCGCGUUUGGGGGCUCCAACAUUGAACCCAGCGUCCGCAGCUGUUUCCAGCAUGUGAACAACAAGGUGGAGCUGGAGCCUCGGCAGUUUGUGGACUGGAUGAGACUGGAGCCCCAGUCUAUGGUCUGGCUUCCUGUCCUGCACAGGGUUGCUGCUGCAGAGACGGCCAAACAUCAGGCCAAGUGUAACAUCUGCAAAGAGUGUCCUAUUGUGGGUUUCAGGUAUCGCAGUUUGAAGCAUUUCAAUUACGACGUGUGUCAGAGCUGCUUUUUCUCUGGGCGCACCGCCAAGGGCCACAAGCUCAACUACCCCAUGGUUGAAUACUGCACACCGACAACAUCAGGCGAAGACAUGAGAGAUUUCACCAAAGUGCUAAAGAACAAAUUCCGAUCGAAGAAGUACUUUGCCAAGCAUCCCCGGCUGGGUUACCUACCAGUCCAGACGGUUUUAGAGGGAGACAACCUGGAGACUCCCGUCACUCUCAUCAGCAUGUGUCCGGAGCAGUAUGAGCUGUCCCAGACACCUCAGCUCUCUCAUGACGACACCCACUCCAGGAUAGAGCAGUAUGCCAGCAGGUUGGCUCAAAUGGAACGAUCCAAUGGCUCUCUCCCCACUGACAGCAGCUCAGCCACAGGAAGCAUGGAUGAUGAACAUGCAUUGAUCAUUCAGUACUGCCAGACUCUGGGCGGCGAAGGCUCCCCGUCCAGCCAGCCUCAGAGUCCUGCCCAGAUACUGCAGGCUGUUGAGAGGGAGGAGAGAGGCGAGUUGGAGCAGACCAUCGCCCGUCUGGAGGAGGAACAGAGGACACUGCAGAGGGAGUAUGAGCAGCUGAAGGAACAACAUGGUGAUAGAGGCGCCUCUGCUGGAGCCCCCUGGGAGUCUGAGGGUCAGUCCUCUCAUCCAGACGAGGCCGAUCUUCUAGCUGAAGCCAAGCUGCUUCGACAACACAAAGGCCGGCUGGAGGCACGCAUGCACCUCCUGGAGGAUCACAACAGGCAGCUGGAGUCGCAGCUCCACCGUCUGCGACAGCUACUGCAUCAGCCGGAGGUGGACUCGAGGGUAAAUGGAGCAUCCUCUCCCACUGUGCAAGAAAGAGGACCACUUACAGAAAACUCAGAGGAGCUGCUUCCCUCCCACAACAGCAGCUCUGACCUGGCAGAUGUAAUGGAGCAGAUUAACAACUCCUUCCCUGCAUGCAGUCCCUCAAGCCUUUCCUCAAGACCACAGGUCAUGUGAGGACAAGUACCAUACAAUGGAGUGUGUGUGUGUGCACACAUGAGACCAUUCCCAAACAAAAACAAUUCCCUACCCCUGAAUCCCAAAGACGCACAGAGGCAGACAACUGAACUAGUUUUACCAUCUUGUCUUGUACUAUGCAACUGUAGAUUGUACCUGAACUUGAUUGAACUUGUGUCAGUUUAUUUUUUUCCUCUUUAGAUUUCCAGAUGUACUGUAUAGUAAAAUAUGGUUUCUUGCAAAUGAUUGCUUUGGGAUUUGUGAUCAGUUUUUUGCCUUUACUGCGAAUAAAACUGUUACAUUUUCGUGUCAUUCCACUGCUGUGUAACAUCUAGCUCCUUUGUCUUUGUCCGUUAAAGUAGCUUUUAAGGGAGUGGGAGUAAUAAAAGAAGACACUUGACAGAUUACAGGAUCGUUUAGAAAUUGUAAAGUCACUUUUGAAAUCUGUCCUUAAGCAUGUUUGAUGUCAAGUUCCCCUUUAAAACGUGUUAAAAUGCCGGCAGACUUUGUCUCAACUUUACCCUUUCUGUGCCUAUAAGAGUUUGUCAUUCCACAUGUGGAAAACUGAGACAGCUGCUCUUAAAUUAUAAUGAUAUUGUGCAUAAAGAUUAAAUAAAUGCAGACUUUUAAUCUUGAUUUGUAAAAGGCCCAUCAUCGUUAUGUAGGGUGGAUUUUUUUUUUUUGGAGAUAAAUGUUAAUAAAUCAGAGUAAAGCCAUGAUUGCCUUGCUACCUCAGACUCGUAGACACAGUUUUUUUGUUUUUCUUUGUGGUCGUUUAAAGCAGUCGUGAUUUGUUUCAGUCAUGAACAACCUGGUUUAGUAUUCUAAGCUUUUGCUUACUGUAUUGGUGUACACUGCAAUGAGGAGUAACCAAGUUUUAAAAACAAAGUAAUCACUGUGGGUGUUUGACCUGCAGAAGCUUAGUUCCCAUGAUGAGCAUCAGUUGUUGGGUUUUCCUUGCUGCGUCAUGUUGUUGUGAUCUAUGCUGUUCUGUAAAACCUGUGAAACUGACCAACACUACUAUAACCUCCUCCAGCCGUCAACUAAUGUUAGUGAUUGUUUUAACGAUUCUAAUCAUGAUGAACUUUAUCACGGCAGAACUGUGUCGCUUCUCCUGAGGUAUGUAAAAUAGAUUGAAAACACUACAUGUAAUAUGGCUACAUUGUUUUAUUCUAAAUAAAAGU